AUGGAGCUAACAAAAUUUUUUUUCCCACAAGCUCUACAAGACUAUAAGGAGGCAGAAUUCUUAAGACUGGUACAAGGGGAUAUGAAAAUUUCUGACUAUGAGAGCAAGUUUGAGAAAUUGUCCCGACAUGCCCCAUAUCUUGUAAGUACUGAGCUCAUGAAGGCAAAAUAUUACGAGAGGGGCCUGCGCCCAGAGAUCAGACAGAUUGUGUGUUCACAAGAUCUCACCACUUUUGAGGUAGUUGUGAAGAAAGAUCAAAUAGUAACCUAUCCGAGAGUGAAGUUGUUUAAGAAGCAGACACUUGUGGGCCAGUCAAGUAAUCCUUCAUCCCAAUGUCCUAAGUGUAACAAGCUUCACAGAGAGGAAUGUCUGUAUGGAAAGUAUGCUUGCUAUAAGUGUGGCCAACCUGGCCAUAUGGUUUCCUCAUGUCCAUCGAUUAAGAAACUCGAACAAGAGAAGAAAGGAAAAGCAAGGGUGUUUGCUUUGACUCAUGACGAGGCUACCCAAAAUUCAGACGUAAUAGCAAGUAUUUUAUUCAUCUCUGGUACUCCGGUUUAUGUCCUUAUUGAUUCUAGUGCAACUCAUUCGUUCAUAUCUAAUACAUGUCUAGCUAAGAUUAAUGCUUCAUGUAAGAAGAAUAAUAAUGUACUAGAGGUUAGUAUGCCAUUAGGGGGAACUAUUGAUACAAAUAGGAUAACAAUGGGGGUACAGAUAAAUUUUGAUGGACUGACUUUAGAGGCUGACUUGUAUGUUAUAGAGAUGAAAGACUUUGAUAUUAUUUUAGGCAUGGAUUGGUUAGGAGAAAAUCGAGCCACGAUAGUUGUUUUGAGAAAGAGGUUAUCUUUCAAAGAACAGGAGAAGAGGAAUUCAGAUUUUAUAGAUUGA